AUGAAAGUCAUUCGAAUUAAACCAACUAGAAAUCACGGACUUAAUGCACCAAUAAAUAUUUAUCAAGUUCUAAUCCCCUUCCAUUUGUGAGCAAAACCAUUGAAAACCUUAUUUUUUAGAAUAUUUGGCUCAUUCUGCUGCCCUGCAUUUAAAAUAUUACAAAUAAAUUAAUUUUUUUUCCAAUCUGUAAGUUUGGGCUCUCACGGAGAGAGGAAGUAAGCUGAAUUGUAAACCUCUUCAACAUCAUUAUCAGCAGCCUAAUUCUAAUCCCCACAAUGAAUUUACCAUCAAAAGUAAAAUCCACCUAGAUCAUAUACACAAUCCUCUAUUCCACUACUCAAAUCAUUUCAAUAAUCUACGCCUAUCGAGCAACUAUUUGUGAUCCCACAGAUCCUUUAUUACUUUCUUACCGAGAAAAAGUAAAACGCGGUGAAAGACCUGAAGCAGUAAGCUACCAAGCCUUUUGCACGAUCUGCAAUUGCAAUGUCAGUUUAAAAGCGAAACACUGUGGCCAAUGUAACCGAUGUGUCGAUAAUUUCGACCAUCACUGCAAGUGGCUUAACAAUUGUAUCGGCCAAAAGAAUUAUCAUUUAUUCACCCAGCUAAUUGCUAUCCUUGAAAUAAAUAUGCUUACUAUCACAGCAUUUGGACUUACACAGCUGUGCGAAUAUUAUGUAAAUUAUGAUGAAUAUGUAGAUAAAGUUAGUGAUAUUAGUAGCAGCAUAAACCCUAAAAGCUUUUUGAUACUGACGUUUAUUGUGACAAUUGAAGCUGCGAUAAUUGCAUUCCUGACAGCGCAUUUAUUAGCCCUCCAUGUGUGAUUAAAAAUGAAAGGAAUGACGACAUUUGAGUAUAUAUUGAGCAGGAGGAAUAAAAAGCAAAAAUUGACACAAGUAGGGGAUGCGAAGGAUACGACGGUUAAUAUUGGGGAUCAUGAGAUUUCUUAUAAUUAUACUGAACCCCCGAAAACUCCACUUCAUGAAAAGAAAUCUUUCCCGGAAAUCAUUACUGAAGAACAGUAUGCUGGGGGUGAAGAAAUUGAUAUAUCGAAGCUGCAUACUGUUUUGUCACCGACCUUUUCGCAUAAUACGGAGAGGACGACAGAAAAUGUAUUUAAUUAA